CUCCUCAGAUGCAGUUGGUUCCCUGAGGAUUUGUGAGUCACAGGUAAACACACAUCUGCUGAAGGUUUUGACUUUACAUCUGGAAGAACUUUAAAUCAAGCAGGAUUGUGACUUUUCAUCUCUUCUCGAAGUCCGUUUGCUGAAGGAUUUUUUCAGGUUUCACCCCGUUUCUCACCUGGUCCUGCUUCAGUGAAGCAGACUCAUUCCAGCUUCAGACUGGAGGCGUCUCCUCAGAAGAUGUACGGCCUGUACCUGGAAGCAGUGAACGACUACAUUAACGAAUCCUACGGGGGGGAUGUGUGGAGGCUGAUCGAGAACCGGGCGGAGAUCCCUCACCUCAAGUUCGUCAGACAUCAGAUGUACAAUGACAACCUGAUCCUCCGACUGGCCAAGGCCGCCGGCGAGGUGCUGGGAAAGACCCACGACGAGCUGAUGUACGCCUUCGGGGUCUACAUGGUGAAGAGGAUCGGGAACUACGGAUACGAGCGGAUCCUGAAGGUGUUGGGUCGCAAUGUGCGCGACUUCAUCAACGAGCUGGACAACCUGCACGAGUACUUUCGCUUCUCCUUCCCCAAAGUGCAGCCGCCGAGCUUCUGCGUGGAGGAGGAGUGUGAGACGAGCCUCACGCUUCACUACCGCAGCACCCGCAAGGGCUUCACCCAGUUCGUCAAAGGGCAGCUCUCUCAGGUGGGACGACAGUUCUACAACACGGACAUCGAGGUGGAGAUCCUUUCCAAAGAGGAGACGGAGAAGAUGACCUAUGUGGUCUACAAGAUGAACUUCGACAACGCGGCCUUCAAGCACCGCAUGCCGCAGCAGAAGACGGCGCCGAGCUACGAGAAGCUGCCGAUGAAGCGCGGCAUCUUCUUCGACAUGUUCCCCUUCAGCGUCAUCUUCCGCCGAGACAUGACCAUGUACCGCGUGGGCGACGGCCUCAAGGAGGUGUUCUCCGACCUGCAGGGCAAGAAGGUGGACGAGGAGUUCGCGCUGGUCCGACCGAUGCUGGAGUUCAGCUGGGACAACAUCUACACUCACCUGAACAACGUGUUUGAGCUGAUGUCCAAAGCCGUGGUGGAGAGCAAGCAGAAGGUCAACAUCCCCAAACUGAACAAAGAGGGCUCGGAGGAGAAGGAGGACAGCGAGAAGGCGAGGAGGGAGGAGGAGAGAGAGCCCAACUCCCCGGAGGAGAUGAAGGACACGGAGCAGGAGUACAGCAGCAACCCCACCCAGUACAACAGCAAUGCCAACCCUGGAAUGGAGGACAUUGAGCUGCUGGCUUUCCAGACCAUCACCGGAAAGUGCAGUGAGACCAUCUUCGAGGACAUGAGGGAGCCUCCGAAGAAACCUCUGCAUCUGAAGGGACAGAUGAAGUACGUCCCCCAGUGGGACUCACUCAUCUUCCUGGGGACGCCGAUCAUAGAGACGGUGGAGGACAUGAUCAAAAUGGGAGUUUACGUGAACGACCUGAAUCUGCACGACUCCAGCAGAGAGCUGAUUCUGGCCGGGACGCAGCAGUCGGCCGAGCUGCAGCUGGCUCUGGAUCAGGAGCAACAGAAAUAUGCUCAGCUGAUGGAGAUCAUCAAGAAGCUGGACGAGGAGAAGAAGAGAGGCGACUCCCUGCUGUACGCCAUGAUCCCCAAGGCCGUGGCCGACCGCCUCCGGAAGGGGAUCACGGCUCUGGAGACGUGUCAGGUGUUCCCAGAUGUGACCAUCCUGUUCAGCGACGUGGUGAAGUUCAACGAGAUCUGCAUCCACAUCACGCCCAUGCAGGUGGUGGACAUGCUCAACGAGAUCUACAUCGUCUUCGACACGCUGAGCGAGAAGCACAACGUCUACAAGGUGGAGACGAUCCGUGACGCCUACAUGGUCGUGGCCGGCGUGCCCAACAAGACGACCUUCCACGCCCACCACACCUGUGACAUGGCCCUGGACAUGCUGAGCUCCAUCGACCACCUGAAAGACCCGUCCACCGGGGACAACAUCCAGAUCCGAGUCGGUAUCCACUCAGGCAUGGUGGUGGCCGGCGUCGUGGGCCUGAAGAUGCCUCGCUACUGUCUGUUUGGCGACACGGUGAACACGGCCUCGCGGAUGGAGAGCAACGGAGUGGGCAUGCAGAUCCACAUCAGUCAGACCACCAAGGACCACCUGGAGCAUGAGCCCUACAUCAUCGAGGAGAGGGGCAAGAUAUUUGUAAAGGGUAAAGGCUACAUGAAGACCUACUGGCUGAAAGGGAAGAAGGAUCUAUCGUUCAAGACGCCGGCGGAGCUGCGCUACAGCGGAGAGCAGAAAGACUCGGAGGAGAAGAGCUCUAAUGGCUCCGCAAGCCCCAACACCAAACGCAUGGCGUCCAACCUCAACAUCGCCAAAAGUGACGACCAGGCCGAGGGCAAGCCGAGCCCCAGCGACCUGCCCCUGGACACCCUGCCGCUGCCGGAGGCCGCCGCCGAGCCCCGCAGCCUCUCGGUCGAGCCGCAGGACAAAGACAAAGCCAAAAAGACUAAGAUCAGCAAGAUGUCCCGGCUGGAGGUCCCUCAGGGAGUGGAUAUAGUGGAGGAUCUGCUGCCGGUGGACGGGCCGGAGAACCCGGCUCCUUUCCUCAACAUCAAGAGACACAGCUUCCGGCAGCAGUACGCCAAGCUGCCCGCCAACCUGCCCAUGCGCAGCGCCUCCUGCUCCAUUCUGUGAGAAGGAGGUGGCAGCGGGAGGACGGCACAGCGCCACCAUGUGACCAGGGGGUGAAGUUUAAUCAGGGGCUGCACAAACGGCUGCCAACGAUCUGUAUUUUACCGUCAUGUCCGAGGGCUGUGACAGAAUUUGGCUUUUUGUUACAUCCAGAGUCAAACUAAAGUUUCCUGGCAACUUAAACUAAACACCAUCGCUAACUUUUAAACAUUUCCCACUAAAGUUCAGCUGCCCAGUUCAGGAGCUGAAGAGAAACCCUCUGAUAUCAAAUGGAUGAAAGCUGCAUGUUGCUCUUUAGAAUUAAACGACAGGACGACAAUGAAGUGUGAUUCAGAUUUUCAGCAUCCCUGUCACUGGUUUUACUGGUACAGGAAAAACACUCAGACAAUGUGUGAUCAUCUGUAAUGACAACAGAUGACAGGAUGUUUUGGAAAAUGACAAAUAACCCAUUAUCUAAACAUGAUCCUACCCAGCCUCCACAUUACGGAAGCUUCAUUUCAUUCACUGAGAAUAGACGUGAUAGGUUGUAUUUUAUUGAAAGUAGACGAAUGGUCAGCGUAGAGUUUCCCCACACUGUCUUCAUGAGUUCGAGCCCCUGACUGUAACUGACUGCAUGUGUUCCACUGCACGACAGUGUCUAUUUAUAUAAAAGUGUAUGUACAGCCUCUACAAAUUUUUUUUGUAUUUUUAUAAUUAGAUUAUGACGAGAAACACGUGACGCAGAAGGUGUGACCAGAAAAAUCACUAUAAUUACACUAGAGCACAUUCAUCCAGCCGAGUGGAACGAGCCGUCACAUGAUUUCCUCGUUGUCAUUAAA